AUGAAUUCCUCAUCUUUCAGCAACAUGUCAAGCAGCUUAACUUAUAGAGACUCUCUCGGCACUGCAGUGACCAAAAAUGUUCUCAUAGUGGCUCUUGGCAUCACCAUCAACUACAUUAAUGGAACACUGAUUCACACCUUCAGAAAACAUGAAAUAUUUUACAUGAAUCCUCGUUACAUCCUGUUCAUCCAUCUGGUGGUUAAUGAUAUGAUCCAGCUGACUACAUCCAUCAGCUUGUUUGUUUUUAGUUACAUCUUCUACAGAAUUAGCACUUCUUUCUGCUGCUUUAUUGUUACCUUUGCCGUUUUCACCACUGUGAACUCUCCUUUAAAUUUAGCUUUGAUGGCGGUGGAGUGCUAUAUCGCCGUUUGUUUCCCACUGCGACAUGCUGAACUUUGCACCAUAAAAAGAACAUAUUUCCUCAUUGGCUGUAUUUGGGGUUUAAGCGCAGCAACGGUUUUGCCAGACAUCGUUCUUAUCCUCGCCACAGAGCCUCUGUGGUUGUUUAACUCUACGGUAUUUUGUGAAAGAGACACUGUUUUCCGACACCCAAUAAGCAUAAAAAAGAGAGAUGUUUCUUAUAUAAUUUUUUUAUCUGGAGUUUGGCUUACACUUUUAUUUACAUACCUCAGGAUCUUUUGUGCUGCUCAUGCUGCUAACUCAGCUGAUGGAAUGGCAAAGGCCAGAAAUACUAUCCUGAUUCAUGGUUUUCAGCUACUUUUGUGUAUGCUAACAUAUGUAACCCCUUUGGCAAAGAUGUUUCUGGUGUUUCUGCCUAUUGCACAAUAUGUCCAAGCAUAUUUUUUUUGGUACAUAUUGAUCCAGAUUCUGCCCAGAUUAGUGAGUCCUAUUGUGUACGGGGUACGAGACAGCACAUUUAGACAAUAUUUGAAAAAGUAUCUUUUGUGCAGCAUCGGAGAAGUCAACAAACUACAUCCGUAA